AAAUCUCUUGAGCCAGCUGUUGUUUCUGAUACUGCAGAACAAGAUGAGGUCCGAAGUGACAUCGCCUUGAAAAAGAAACUUCCAGGUGAUAAUGAGUCAAAAGAGAAUCUAGCCAGUACCACUAAACAUCCAGCUGUAACCGUGACGAAAAUAGUAGAAGGUGAAGAACCCCACCUCUCGACACCUUCUUCGCAAAGCUCAACUCAGCUGCGUGAAACGUCGACCACAGAAGCAACCUUGUCGACCCAAGCGUCUACUUUGAGUACAGGUGAGUUUGGAAACAAUGAAGACGCACCUGGUCUGAAGGUAGGAGUUCAAGAUGAAACACCCGAAUUCGUAUGGAACAUGACAACUCCGGAAACGCUCAUUGAGAAAGUGGAAUUCAUUCAAUCUCGAAAAGAUCUUCCAGAGAGAUGGAGGGGACUUGUACUACGGCUGAAGAAGAAGCUGGAGGCAUUAAAAGCUCAGAAGGAAAUCCUGAAGUCGCUUUCUACGAGCACGACAUCCUCGGCUGAAGGAGACGAAGCAUCGGAAAUAACUGUGACUGAUGAAUCCUCACCUCGUACCUCUGAGACUGAAACCACUUCCACUGCAACGGCAACUACUACACAUCCUUCAAAUGAAGAAGCUCUCACAACAACCACGCUCAGAGCUACACCCACUUCAGAAGCCACAAGCACCCAGGCAGAGGAAACCACAACAUCUACAGCCACAGAG